AACAACAAAUUCAACCGGAACAAUGGCAGACGACGUACGAAAAUUGUUGGAAAAUUUCCCAACUGAGAUGCUUCUUGAAAUUUUUCGGUAUUUAUCACCGACUGACAUCAAGGAGUCCGUCAUUUUUGUGUGCAAAAAGUGGCUUUACGCAGCUAGGAGACUAAAUUGCAUGCAAAUUAAGAGUUUAAGUUUCAUUACUCGUCCUCCGCCGAAGAAUACGCUCCAAAAUAUCAGAAAUUCAGGACUUACCGUGACUUCUAUCAGCUUGUACGAUCCAAUUUUCGAGCUUUUUUCGGUAGAUUUGUGGCAAGAACUCGGAAAAACUGUCAAAUCUAUUCGUUUUAAUCGCUGCACGGACCUGGCUGAACCGCAUUUGAUCACAAUUUUGAAAUAUUUCGCUGCGCUUGAAUGUUUAAACUUCAGUUUUCGCUUCCCUGGGCUCAGUUACAACUUUAACAGCAUCAAUAACGAGCCCCGUGCAUUGGAAAAUCUCGCAAAAGUGAAGGCCCUGAACCUCACGAGCAAUAUUUGGAUGGAUAUGUCGAAGGUAGAGCAGCUCGUGGCACGAAUGACAGCUUUGGAGCACUUUGGAUUGUGGAGUUUGGGCAUCACGCCGUUCAAUGACAUCACGAAAGUCGUCAAAAGGCGGCGAAAUUCGCUUCGGAGCUUAUCGCUGAGGCAUUGCAGGACGAAUAACAACAGUUUGUUGCUGCAAAAGUUGACGGAUCUCAAUUUGGAUUUAAAAAAAUUCACUUUUAGUAUUAGUUGGAUUGAUAGUGAUGAUGUGCGAAGGUUUUUGGAGACGCAACAUAACCUCAAAAUCCUUCAAUUGGGCACGACAGUUGCUUUUCCCGACGAAUAUUUCACGUAUUUGCUUGGUUUGCCGCAUUUAAAGGAGCUUUGCAUCGAUAUUGCCGAGUAUCAACACACUUAUCACAUUUUGAAACGAUUUUUCGAGCUUCCAGCUUUGCAAAAUUUGAGCAUUGAACGAGAUUUUUUGGCGGAUGAGAGUGUCACGUGCAUCGGUUUUCAUAAAAUCAUGAAAAUUCAAAGACUGAAACACCUGAGAUUAAAUUAUUUUAAUAUCACGUGCGAUAUUUGCAAGGAAAAUUUCUAUGCGAGUCUCGAAAAAUUGGAAUCUCUGUCGUUAUCCGACUCAAAAAUCACAAAUAACGAGAUUUCAUUGAUUUUUGAGCACAUUACGAGGCUUCGGAGUCUCGAUUUGGUCCGAUGUCGCCAAAUAACUGACGCCGGAAUGCUUGGAAAGGCCGAAGUAACGUCUGAAAAGCGACAAAAGACGUCAAAUUUCUCGCUAAAAUCACUCCGAGGACUUACUUACCUAAAUUUAUCCGGCUGUGAGGGACUAACUGACGCCACAUUUGCUGAAAAUUACGAAAUGUUGGACUUAAAAACGCUCAAUGUCAGUAAUUUACCCAAAUUAUCACUCAUUGGCAUCGCGAGAAUUGCCAAAAAUUUCAAAUCUCUUGAAAAAUUGCAAGUUUAUGGCAUCAGAGAUCUUGAUGCGUUGUUCCUCGAGUACAUCGCGAUAAAAUUACCUCGCCUAACGGAGCUCGAUAUCUCUAAUUUACAUCCAACGGUGCUCAAACAAGACGAUCUUCGUGCCAUUUGUAAAUGUAAGAAGCUUAAAACACUGAUCGCGCUAAAACAUAACCUCAAAAAUUGGGAAAUUAAUUUUUUGUUUGAAAAUAUUCCGACGUUGAUGAGUGUGAAUGACGUCACGAGAACAAAUAGCAUCAAGAGUCUCUCAGCGGAGGAGAAAAAUAACGAAGCGAAGGUUGAGGAGAGUUUUUUGAGGGUUUUGGAGCAAGUCAGGGAGAAAAAUGUCGAAUUUAUCAAAGAACCGAUCAGUUUGGAGUCGAUUUUGAUUUAAGUUUUUAAAUAAAUUAUGCAUUUUUAAGAAUUUUUUGAGAG